UACGAUGACAACAAAUCAACAUGAAAAUUAAGGGACUGAUUUGAAAAUUAUGGAAAGUAAAGGGGUACUAAAACCAAAAUAUUCAGACAAAACAAGAACCAGGGGUUUAGGGUUUUGUAUCCUCUGUAUCUCCCUCCCUCCCUUUCUCUGUUUUUAUUGACAAGUAAAACUGAACAUUACAAAACAAUGCCGCGAACUACGACACUAGAGUGCCCAGGUUGCCCUCCACUUCGAGCUCUAACUUUUGAUUCUCUAGGUCUUAUCAAAGUGAUUGAGUCUCGUGGCGAAAGAGGAACACCUCAGGUUGUAGAGAGAUGGGGUGAUCCUGUUUCCUCCAAAUGCGUGCUUGCUGCUUCCUUUGAUGACCGUAAAAAAGACCCUUUACUGGCUGUUGCAAGAAAAAAUAGAGUGGUUGAAGUAGUCAACCCGCUUAAUGGGGAAAUUCAUGUCAUGUUAUCUAAUGUUGGUGAGGAUGGUGUUCAACCUGAAGAUGAUGCUAUUUCUGGUUUGCAUUUAUUCAGGAGAAAGAGGUCAUCUGGUUCAUGUACUUUGCUUACAUGUACAUCAAAAGGAAAUGCAAGCAUGAGGUCUAUUGGGAUUGAUAAAUCGACUGAUGAUAGUGCCAAUAUUAGUGUAACAAAGACAUGGAAACUUUGUGGUUCUGGUAAUGUCUUAUGUUCUAAAGUGGAUGGAAGUGAAAACUAUGCGGUGUUUGGAGGCAGGAAAGGUGUUGAAGUUAAUCUAUGGGACCUUGAGAAUUCUACUAAAAUUUGGACUGCCAAACCUCCUCCUAAAAAUAGCCUUGGGAUAUUUACCCCUACUUGGUUUACAUGCACGACAUUCCUGAGUAAUGAUGAUCACCAUAAAUUUGUGGCUGGCACCAAUAGUCAUCAGGUCCAUUUGUAUGAUAUUUCUGCUCAGCGCAGACCUGUUCUAUCAUUUGAUUUCAGAGAGACUGCUAUUAAGGCUGUUACUGAAGAUCAAGAUGGCCAUACUAUAUAUAUAGGAAAUGGAUCCGGUGACCUAGCUUCAUUCGACAUGCGAACUGGAAAGCUGUUAGGAUGUUUUAUAGGGAAGUGUUCUGGAAGUAUUAGAUCCAUUGCCAGGCACCCAGAGCUCCCUGUGAUAGCAUCAUGCGGUUUGGAUAGUUAUUUGCGGUUGUGGGAUACAAAGACUCGUCAACUUCUUUCAGCGGUUUUCUUGAAGCAGCACCUUACAAAUGUUGUUUUUGAUUCAAACUUUGUUUACAAAGAAGUUGCAGCAACAGCACGGAAUGCCAAUGGGAUCCAAACUACCGAGGUCCAAACUGAAGAUGAGAUGGGAACAUUGCCUGUAAAAAGAAAGAAGGCAUCCAAGGGAAAAAGGGAGAAAAAGAAGAAAUCUGAAGAAAGGAAAGAAACUAUCGUGGUAGAAUCCAAGAAAAAAAGCCAGAAGCACAAAAGAGAGAUUUGUGAUGACUCCUGAGAUUAGCAUAAAGAGCUCUUAUUUUAUGUUUAGGGAAUGUUUGAGAUUGCAGUUGUGCUGUUUUUCUUAUUUGUUUUAGCUUUAAAUUAGUUAAAAAAUGAAUCUUU